AUGCCGCCCAAACGGAAGCGCGCCAGCGAAAAUGACGAUGAAGCGACCGAAUCCAAGCGAUACGCGCAUCUGAAGCCGCAAGUUCGUCGCGUUCCCGAAAAGACCAUCAAGGCGAAAUGGACCACUCUCCCCGAACCGGUCCAGGAUAAGGUCCGGGACCUAUUCCACUCGCUAGAGCGACCGGUGAUUAUGCGCAAUAAAAAUGAACAGAAGCGCAUUGAGGCGCAGAGUGCAGUCCAGGCAGUGGUGCGCAAUCUUGGAAAGCGACUGCCACGAAUGCCCUUCCCUCCGAUCACCAAGGACUCCAACUUUGAUUACGAGUCUGCGCUCAAUGAACAUCGUGGCCUCGAAGCCAAAUUGUCCACGAUGAAUGACAGUAUCGACCUCUUGAAAUCCGAAAUUGCGAAGGAGGAGGCACUUCUUGCCAGCGAGAAGAAAGCGUUGCAAGAGAUGGAUAAAAACGCCAAGCGGGCAGACGCUGAGAGAAAACGCCAGAUGAAGAAGGAGCACCCUGUUCUCCGACAGUUGGACAACCCGAAGGAAGCUCAAGAUGGUCAAUCAUCUGAAUUUACACUCGCGGAUGCCAAGAACAGCCAGAUCAACCUUGAUGAUUUGGACGAUGACCCCGAGGUCCAGGUCCUCAUGAAACAACUCCACGGCCAUCUCCAGUCCAUGCAGAGCAAUAUGGCCCCGCUCACAGGGCUGAGAGAUGCCCUCACCCGAUCACAAGCUGCAUUGGAUCUGUUCUCGAACGAUUGA